UAUUAAUUGUAGCUAUUUGAAUCCAUCGAUCAAGAAAUUUUCCCUUGUGAUUGACCUGCUAUUCCGAUGGCAUUGAGGGCUUUGUUCAACGAGAUCAAGGGUCUGAAGGUGACGGAGGUGCCCAAACAUCUUAAGCCGAAGCUGACAUGGGAGUACAUCAAGAAGACAACCGACCAGGCGGUCGACCGCUACAUCGAAAAGUACAUCGAAACAAGCUCUCCCGAUCCUCUUUUCCAUGUUUGCAUCGGCGGGAUGAUAUUCUCCUACCUGGUUGCGCUGCCUCACGAACGCCGCCACCUUGAACACCAGCAGCAGCAUGCCGCCGCAGCUGGGCAUCACUAAAGUACUUCGUUCCUCUGCCCCGAUCUCCCGUAGGUUGAUUGAGCUUUUGAUGUUGGAACUGGGCAUGCAUGGCAGCAGUUAUUUUAUCAUUGGAAAAGCUAUUAUCAAUUGCUUUGUUACGCUUAAACUGCUUAAUAAUUUCACUUUCAAGUGACAAUUUUACUUUUCUAAAUACCCAACUAUGGACUUUUAUGUAAUUUGUCUAAAUGAUAUUGUCAUGUUUAAUCUGUAAUUUACAAUGCGAUGUUGCCUUUGAAUGAGCAAUGCAUUUGAAGUUUGAUGA